AUGGGCCGGGAGUUGAUGGCUAAGUCACCUUUUUUCCGCAAGCCCAUAGCGAAAUGUGAGGCAGUCUUGCGAAGACUCCCUCUGCAGUAUGCCCCUUCUUGGUCGUUGGCUGAGGAACUCAUGCUGGAUGCGUCGAAGUCUCGGCUUUCACAAGCUGAGAUCUCUCAGCCACUGUGCACAGCUGUGCAACUGGCCCUGAUCGCUGCAGCCUAUGCCAGCGGAAUUAUAACUCUCAGGGGUGCCAUGCAGAUUGCUUAUUAUCGAGGUUAUCAUGCUAAGCUCGCCAAGGGUAGACAAGGCCAGCAGGGAGGUAUGAUGGCGGUUGGAAUUUCUACGGAUAAAGCACUGCAAUUCUGUCAACGGGCCGAGUUCAAGGGCCGCAUUCAAGUGGCAACUCGUAAUGCCCCCCAGAGUGUCACACUGUCAGGAGACAAGGACGCGAUAACAACGGCGAAACAAAUCCUCGACGAUGAUGGCACUUUUGCACGACAGUUGAAUGUUGACACGGCCUAUCAUUCAUACCACAUGCUGCCAUGUGCCAAGCCAUACCUAGAGUCAUUACUUGCCUGCGAUAUUGAAGUGAGACGUCCAAGCCCGGCAAAUGCAUAUGGAGCUCGAGGCCUGAAAGGCCCUUACUGGGUAGACAAUAUGGCUCAGACGGUGCUAUUCUCCCGGGCCGUUGAGUCGUCCAUCUGGCAUGGUGGUCCGUUGGAUUUAGUCAUUGAACUUGGCCCUCAUCCGGCACUCAAAGGGCCGAUCGAACAGACCCUGAAAGCAAUUCAUGGUUUCUUUCCACCGUAUACCGGUGUCCUGAAGCGUGGUACUAACGACGUUGAGACGUUCUCGGCCGCUUUGGGAUGGCAUUUUGUGAGCCAGAGAGCCGUCCACCGGCCGCACCAAGAGCCAUCGUGGGACCACGAACAGAUAUACUGGCGCGAAUCUCGCACGACUCGGAAAUAUCGCACUGGCAGAGACAUGAGCCAUGAGCUUCUGGGGCGCCGGGCACUAGACGACAACGAAUGCGAGAUGCGCUGGCGCAAUGUGCUAAAAGUCAGCGAGCUACCAUGGACUCAAGGCCACAAAGUUCUGGGCGAGGCACUACUGCCUGGUGCCGCCUAUAUUAGCAUGGCACUUGAGGCAGGCAGAAGCCUGGCCGUCGAAGGGGCAGAACAGUCAAGCUGCUCGAGCUCAGCGAGUACAUCGGCAGUCCAUGCAUGCAGUGGCAAUAUUCUUGUCUACCUUGACACCGCAUCUGAAUCUGAGGCCAACUCUGGAAUGCUUCAACUACCAUUAAGAGGACCGCGUGCUUCCAACCUGGUGGACAUUGAUUGUGAGGGCGCUUAUUCUCUCUUUGGACGCAUUGGCCUCGAAUACUCUGACGUGUUCCGGCGCAUCAAGACCAGCAGUCGUCGUCUGGGGCACGCCACAGCAAGCGCAGUCUGGGAUGAAGGCUCUCUGAGCGACCACUACAUUGUCCAUCCCGCUAUUCUUGAUGUUGCUUUCCAAAGCAUGUUUAUUGCCCGAGCACAUCCCAAUAGCGGCCAGAUCAGUUCGGCUUUGCUGCCAUCACGCAUCGAGCACGUAACGGUGGUGCCAUCUUCCUCAUUGCUAUCGAAAUUGCAACGCCGACAGACUAUCAGCGCAGAGUUCGACUCUUGGGUUCUCAACCAGACCGCGACUUCUGUGAGGGGUGACAUCAAUGUGUACGAUUCUGACACUGGGUCGCCGUUGCUGCAAGUAGAGGGAUUCGAAGUGAAAAUGGUCGGUGAGCUGGACGCCUCGAACCAUCGGCUCUUGUUCUCCAAGACAUCCUGGGGACCUGACGUCUCGCUGCUGGGCUUGGCGGAUCCUAUUCGCAACGCGGCCGCCGAUGCGGCAGUGCUCAGCUCGGCCGAGGCCAGCGAACGUGUGAGUCUGUUUUACGUGAGACAGAUCAUGGAUGAGAUCAGCAUCCAAGACAGAUCUGAUGCAAUGUGGUAUCACAAACGCAUGUUAGAAUCCUUUGAUCAACACCUGGAAAAGGUGAAGAAUGACCAGCAUCUUCACUUACGCACCGAAUGGCUGUCGGACGACUGGACUGUCAUCCAAGCACUGGGCGAUGCGAAUCCAGACGCAGUUGAGCUUCAGAUGCUCCACGCCGUGGGCAAGAAUAUGUUAAGUGUUAUUAGAGGCGAGAAACAUAUGCUUGAAGUCAUGCGAGUAAACAAUCUCCUUGACCGCUUCUAUGCCGACGAUAAAGGCAUGCAGCAAGUCAACUACUUCUCGGCCAAUGCAAUACAGCAAAUUAUUUUCAAAUUCCCGUGCUGCAGAAUCCUGGAGAUAGGAGCAGGAACUGGUGCCACGCUAUGGGAGCAGAUUAAAUAG